AUGGAUUAAAAUGAGUGGAACGAACUACUGUUGAGUAAAUAAAUUGAUGAUGUCGAUCUUAUUUCAUCAUAGGGGAGUCAACACCUCGUACAUGUUAGCAUGAAUUAGACAAAUUAAUCCAUUUUUAAUGAGUUGUAAACUAAUGAAAGGCUUGAUGCGAAACAAUUUCCUUUAGAGAAGUUGACCCAUGUUGAGAUCAAUAGCUCAAAAACAUUUAAAAAUAUAACUAAGAAGGUAAAUAAAUUGAAAAAGAAAGUCAAACGUGCAUUCAUUUCGAAAAAUAAUAUUACUAAAAUGAAUGUUGCAAACUAAGCGGAGGGAAAAUCAAAAGAAAUCGAUACUUUCACCUAGUAUGAUGUCAUCUUGGAUCAUCACCAAAAUAAGAUGUCAAAUUGUUAGCCUCACCGAUUGACGUACAAAUACAAAAGGACAAAUAAACUAAGGAAAUAAAAUAUGAACUUAUCAGAUAAUCUGAAUUUUGGUCCAGAACUGAAAGACAGUAAAGAACAUAAAAAUCUCAAUGAAAAUCUUAAACUUUAAAAUAAGCCGAACUCAAAUAGCGACUUAGAUGCAAGCCAAACAGAAAAGUUCAUUUCCUAUCACUCAACAGAAACCUAUAUUACUGAAGAUCUUGAAUUAUCAGAUCAAAAAUAUUUUCAAUAAAAACAAUAUUACAUGUAUAAUUUGGUUGGGCAUUUCGAAGGCCAACUGGAAGAUACGUUUCAGUCUUAAAUGUAUAUAAGACACUUUUUAUAGAUUUACGAGAAUUUAUAAAAAUCAAAAAAUAUUAAAAUUUCAUUAACUUUUUCAAAAUCACAAAAAAUUAAGGCUCUCUCAAAAAAAUAGAAAACUUUAGUUAUAGAUCUUGAUGAAACUUUAGUGCAUUGCAAUGAAUAUCCAUAAUUGAAAUCAGAUUUUUACAUUCCAGUGCAAAUUAACAAUAUAACAUAUCAAGCUGGAAUUAGUGUCAGACCAUAUGCAUAAGAAUUCUUAAGGAGCAUGGCUGAAUAUUAUGAAAUAAUAAUAUUCACUGCCUCGAAUGAAGAUUAUGCAAAUCAGAUCAUCGAUUAUUUGGAUCCAACAGGAACCUUGGUUUCUGGUAGAUUGUUUAGAGAAGACUGCAUCAGAGUUGAAUCAGGUUGUCAUGUCAAGGACUUGAGGAUUCUCAAUAGAGAUUUGAAGGAUGUAGUCUUAAUUGACAAUUCGGCUUUCUCGUAUGCUUUCCAAAUCGACAAUGGAAUCCCAAUUAUUCCUUACCUUGAUAAUAAGAAGGAUAAUGUAAAUCUAUUGAUUCUAUCGGAAUAGGAAUUACAACAUUUAGAGUCAUACCUAAAGACUCUGAUACAAUAUGACGAUUUUCGUAAAGUCAACAAUAAACUUUUUAAUUUAGAGGCAAUUCAGAAUUGCAAUUCGAUUUAGUAGGCCAUUAGAUGUAUAACUUCUAAUUCUAAUAGCCAAAAUCUAUGGAUAAUAGCAUGA